GAGCUGCCGGAGAGCGCCAAGGACAUCCCGCUGGUGAAGGUGGAUGUGACGAACCCGGCCGAUUUGGAGGAGGCUGCGAAGAGUGCCAAGGUGAUCCUGAACUAUGCAGGCACCCCUUAUGCUGACAAGGGCUUGCCAGUGGUCGAGGCUUGCACCAACAACGGCUGCUGCUACAUCGACAUCACCGGCGAGGUGGCCUUCGUGAAGUCCUCGGCCGACCGCUACGAUGAGAAGGCCAAGGAGACCAAGUCCCUGGUCGUCCACUGCGCUGGCUUCGACAGCAUUCCCUCCGACAUUGGCGCGUUCAUGGCGGCCACGGAGAUGAAGAAACGUCAUAACAUGGCAUGCGCCCGCAUCCGCACGGUUGUGGGCAACAUGAGUGGCGGCGCCAGCGGCGGCACCCUCGAGAGUGGUGCUUACAUGCUGGACAACCCGAACGCGGAGAACGCCGACGCCAUGACGAAGCGCUAUGGCUUAGACCCUCCCGGCGGCCAAGCUGGGCCGGACACCGGAGACUUCGGCAGCAUCAGCGCCCUUGGCUACGACCCCGAUGCCGAGAAGUGGGUCAUGCCUUUCGUCAUGGCUCCGGUGAACGUCAGGAUCAUCCGACGCAGCAACGCGUUGAUGGGCUACCCGUAUGGCACCGCCUGCAGCGUGGGAGAGUGCAUGGAGCCAUCAUUCCUAGUGGAAUCACACCCAGUCGUGGUGUACUUCAUCUUCUUCCCUGUUGAGCUCUUUCUGCGAGACACAGACGGAUCAAAGGCGAAGAAGAUCGGCCUGACGAUCCGGGCCAGCGGCUUGCCUCGGCAUUUCUCCUCCUUGCAGAGCAAGGUGGACGACUUCUGCAAGCACGUGGACUUGCACCUGCCUAAGGAUGGAAAGAAGGUGGUCUUCGCCACCGCCUGGCUGGCCACUGACAACGUGUUCGUCGCCCUCAUGCGGAAGCACUUCCCUGAGAUUUUGACCGGCAUGAACCUCGUUGCCAUCGACACGCUGCACCUCUUCCCGACAGCCCUGGAGUGUGCCAAGCUGGUCGAGGAGAAGUACGCCAAGAAGGCCAUGUGGAAGCUGCCAAAUGGGAUCUCCACGAAGGACGAGUUCAUUGCCAAGUACGGUGACUGCGAGGAGUUGGACUCCGCCGACUUCGAUUUUGUGAGCAAGGUGGAGCCCUUCCAGCGUGCGUUGGAGGAGUGCGAGAAGGACAUCCUGAUUACGGGCCGCCGCAUGGAUCAGGCCGCGCAGCGCAUCAAGCUGGAUGUUUGGGAGGACCAGAAGCGCACGUUGAACCCAAUGGCAAAUUUCAGCUGGCAAGACAUCAUCGACUACGUGGACAAGGAGGGCGUCCCGGUGAAUGCUGGCCACAACUGGGCCUUCCGCUGCGACGCGCCCAUUGAGGCGACCAGCCGCCAUCUGCCAGACCUGCCCUGGACCAAGGUGGACUUGGGCAAGCCUUUCUGGCGAUGCAGUGAGGCCGAGAUCAAGGGCAGCCCCCCGGCCGCGGUCACCUACGUCUUCAAGUCCUUCGGUGACAUGCACACGACCGUGCCAGUGGAACCCCACGAGUCCGAGCGCGCCGGCCGCUUCGUGCGCCAGGCGAAGACGGAGUGCGGCAUCCACACCCGUACCACCUUCGCCGGCGCCCCGCACGGUGGAUCGUUGGUGGACUUGAUGGUGAAGGAUGCGGCCACGAUCCAGAGCCUCACCUCCAGCGCAGUGAAGACGAUCGAGCUCAACGAGCGCCAGGUUGGAACGGUCUUUUAG